GCCGAGAGAAGAGGACGGUGAAGGGCCAAUUGUUAGGACGGGCCGGUUGACGCAUGCGCCGUCGCCAUAGCCACUGCGGAGAAGAAGCUUCCAGGCCGGAGUCGAGAGCUGAGGCGCCGCCAUGGCGGCGCUGUCCCGGAAGCUGCGGUGGCUGCCGCUGUUGGUGGUGCUGACGGGGAGCGGAGCGAUAUGGGGCUGGCAGCAGCACGAAAGAAUCUUGUUGCGAGAUGUUCAAGUCCUGACACUCUACCCUGGCCAGUACACCAAUUCCCGGCGGACAUCUCCAAUCCCCCAGUUGCAGUGCACUGGCGGUACGGCCGGAUGUGCAGCGUACACCCCCGAUGUUGUCCAGUGUUACAAUAAAGGCUGGGAUGGCAAUGAUGUACAGUGGGAGUGCAAAGCACAGAUGGACAAUUCGUAUCGCUUUGGAAGAAUCGAAGUAAGCUGUGAAGGCUUUGAUUACCCGGAUGACCCUUAUGUGCUAAAGGGCUCGUGUGGCUUGCAGUACACUUUAGAGCUAAGUAAAGGCGGACAGCCUAAGACCAGCUACUUCGGCGGCAGCUACCAUUCUGCUACUGCUCAUGAUUCAAUAACUUCUGGGGCUGGAUUGCUCCUGGUAGUGUUAUUUGUGGUCCUUGUGUAUGGCGUUUAUAAGCUGUUCCUCUGUGACAACCGGCCACAACAUGGAUUCUCUGACGGCGAUGGACCAUCAAGGACGUACGGGCAAGGUCAUCAGAACCCACCUCCACCAGGAUUUAAAUCAAAUUUCACAGGAGCUGCCAGUGGUUUCGCUUCCGAUUCAAAUUCAGGACCAGGUUUCUGGACCGGAUUAGGUGCUGGAGGGCUGCUGGGAUAUCUAGCUGGCAACCGAAGGUCGCAUUCAUAUUCUCCAUACUACAAUACGUGGACUACGCCGACUGCUCCACCUCCUUCAUUUGGCCCUUCGUAUGGCUUCGCAGCCCCAAGUUCAGGGACAAGGUCCACCUCAGGUUACGGAGGCACAAAAAGGAGAUGAAUUUGUCUCCUCCUCUGCCUGAGCAGUUGAAUAAAAGCAUCGCUCCAGCCAUUUCGAAGCUUGCUUGUUGGGUCACUUGUAAGGGUCCAUUUCUGGAUUGGGUCGUACAUAUUCCUGUUGUCAGCCUUUUGUAUAACAUACUGUCAGAUUUGAAGCUUAAAACCCAUGGUGUGUUGGAUAACUGUUUGGAAAGGCAAGUAGAAUAACUAAUAGAAUUUAGAAUAAGUAAGAAAUUCUUCUCAAAAUAAGACUGCAUUCCUAUCCUUACUGCUUAAGUAAAUAUUUUAGAGAGCAGUGGGACUUGAAUCUGAGUAAACUGUGGUUGGGUUCAAGUUGCAGCUGUCCUUGGCCUGGCGUUCCACAUAUUUCUUCAGCAAAGGCAUGCGGAGUUACAGUCCUUGGCCUACAAACCAAGGGUUGUGUGGUGGGGCUUCAGGAUACUGGCUGGAUCUGACCCAGGAAGAGGACACUGAAGCUGGUGGAGUGGGACCCCCACCUCCUGCUUUCUUGCUGUGGCCCACUGAUCUCCCUUGGAUUGUGCCCCGGGCGAUCAAGAUACCCCCCCCCCCCCCGGGGACAGCAUGCGGAUUGGAAGGGGUCCCCCCUCCUCCAUCAAUGGAAGCAAGGGACUGUUGGCAAAACAGCACUUUUCAGUCCUGCCCUCCGACCCACAGGUUCCUUUCAGUCAGUUCUGAUGCUAGGGGCAACAUCUUUGGUGUCUUCCAGCGGAGGACAUGUUGGGGAGAAUGGGCUUGAGAAGUGUGCAUGCAAAUGCCGAAAGAGCCUUUCUGGAUCAAGAUUUGUGCUCAUGUAAUAAUCACAGAAGGAAAAGUUAGUCAUCUUCAAAGGAAGAAAGAGCAAGAUUGGUGUCCCGUCACACCUUAAAGACCAACAAGAGUUCCGGGCUACAAGCUUUCUUGAGUCAAACCUCCCUUCAUCAGAUACUGUCGAAAGCUUGUAGCCUGGAAAUCUCAAUCUCGUGGUCCUUAAGGUGCGACAGGACUCGAAUCUUGCUCUUCUACUGCAGACCGAUACGGCUACCCACCUGAAACUAUUUUCAAAGAAAGAUAUUUAUCAGUUGUGGUUCUAGAGAAACACACCAGCAUUUGUAUUUGAAUAAACCUCUAGAUGUAGAAUCCAGCCCCAUAAUAUUGAGUAAUUCUGUCCAGGUAGCAAAAGUGCCUUCUGCCUGCACAAGGGGCCCUUCGCCGGUGCACCUAGAGCAUGUUGCUUCAGGCAAGGCUCUUUCCGCCCAAGAAAAGCGUUUCCCCUUGCAGAAUGGAUUGGUGCAAUCCAGCUCAUGGGCCGUAGCUGCUGCUGUAGCACACCUUUCAUUUGGUCUUGAAGGUAUUGGGGGAGACUCGAGUCAUCUUCUAGGCUGAUCUCUGAUGUAGCUCGUGACACAGGCAGCGAACGAUACUUUACAAUUCGUGGCAUCAUCCAGCCAGUUCAGAGGGGCUUGAGUGAGCACUGUGAUGUGGGCGUCCAUUCAGAUUUCCACAUUAGCUGCUCGGGCAGGAGAAUUCUUACCUGCACGGAUCUUUCCUUCUUGAUUUGGUACAGCAGUACGUGGCUUACAUAAUGUGUGUCAAACUACUUUUUCUGUGUGUUUUCCCCCCUGCCUUUGGCCCUGUUGCAUAUCGGACGAUUUUAGUUACCAGCUCCUUUGAGUGUAACCAUCCAAUUUUAACCUUACUGAACGUUAACAAAUGUAGAUGCAGUCUUGCUUUCCUUCUCCCCCC